AUGUCUUCCUCAUCAAUAGAUGAGGAAGACUUUUACGUGGCAGCCGAAAAUCUAGAGUUUUAUCAAUUACUCCCGAUUUUUUUCUUCUUCCAGUAUUCCACCGUUUUUUUUACAUUUUUUUGUCUUUUCUUUCAUUUUUUUGUGUUUUUUUCAUUUUUUUUGUCUUCUUUUUCAUUUAUUUGUCUUUUCUUCCCUAUUUUUUUACAUGUUUUUUGUCUUUUCUUUCAUUUUUUGUUUGUUUUUUUCCAUUUUUUGACUUUUCUUUCAUUUUUUUGUUUGUUUCUUUUUCAUUUUUUUUGUCUUUUCUUUCAUUUUUUUGUUUGUUUUUUUUUCCAUUUUUUGUCUUUUCUUUCAUUUUUUGUUUGUUUGUUUUUCAUUUUUUUGGCUUUUCUUUCAUUUUUUGUGUUUGUUUUUUUUUUCAUUUUUUUGUCGUUUCUAUCAUUUUUUUCGUUUGUUUUUUUUUUCAUUUAUUUGGCUUUUCUUUCAUUUUUUGUUCAUUUUUUUUUUCAUUUUUUGUUUGUUUUUUUUUCAUUUUUUGUCUUUUCUUUCAUUUUUUUGUCUUUUUUUUUCAUUUUUUUUUUUGUCGUGCAAUACUCCCCUACAGCUUAG